AUGACACCGAUGCAAAUGUCUAUUCAUGAAGCCCACAUAGGAGCUGCAUCUGUCAUGUGUCUAGAGCGCGAUAUCUGUGUUAUGCUCUCGCACACACGAGGUCCUCGCUCCCCCGCUUCCUCGUCCGGCCGCUCGUCACACCUGCCUUAUGCCUGCCCCUCCCCUCUUCUAACAGGUGGGGGGGCUCUCGUCAUCCGCUCCCCGCAUCCUCCGCCUCCCCACCCCCUGCCUCCACACCUGACGCUAUGA